AUACGUCUAAGAAAAAAUGGAAAUCAAAACAGACAUUCCGACAGAGAAGAAAUACAAAACUUUCGAUAAAACCUUUAAAUUGUGCGCUUUCUCGCUAGCAUUCGCUUUCCUGUACCCUAACAGAAAAACAACUCUCAAGAGAUGCGUCACCAUCACUUUGAUUAUCACCUUCUGCGGCGGACAACUCUUCUGGUUCAUAACCUACACCUUCAAAUGCCUCUAUACCCUAGACCUCUAUAAUUUCGCCAGAAACAUGACUCUAGCAGUUGUCCUAAUACUGUUUUUUAUCAAAACGUAUUAUGCUAUUUAUGCAACCCCAAAAUUUGCAACAUUGCUGGAGAAAAUAACUGAAGAUCUUUUAGAAGCUAACAAUUUAGGGGAACAACAACAAAAAUUGUACGACGAACACAUUAAAAUAGCAAAAGUAGGGGAGAUAUCCUGGUUGGUGAUACCUGUACUCAUGAGCGCCAUAUUCCCUCUUUACGCUGGAACUUUAAUGAGUAUAGAGAGCAUCGAGACUGAUGAUUACCAGAGACGCAUGGUGCACGACAUGGAACUGCUUUACGUAGAGGACAUUCAGAGUGAAACGCCAUUCUUCCAGUGCAUGUUUGCCUACAACUGCGUCCAAUGCGUUGUUCUUGUUCCCAAUUACUGCGCAUUUGACGGAUCUUUCUGCAUAGCGACAACACAUAUACAGUUGAAAUUGAAGUUAAUGGCAUUAAAAGUUCAUGAUGCCUUUAAAUAUUCGAAAAACAAACACGAAUUACGAAUGAAAAUGAAUGAGGCAAUCAGAGACCACCAAGAUACGUUGGAUUUUUAUGUUCAAACGCAAAAGUUGUUUGGUCCCUGGCUGUUUUUUGUGUUUCUGCUGACGUCUUUCAUGAUAACGUUUAACUUGUACCAAAUGUAUUUGCUGCAGCGGAUAGAUCCCAAGUACACGUCGUUCGGGUUGGUCGGCGUGAUGCACAUUUACUUGCCCUGUCAAUAUGCGAGUUCCUUAACGAAGGUGAGUGAAGAUAUUCCCAACGACUUGUACGUUGUCGACUGGGAAGUAUGGGCAGACCCCAACAUCACCAAACAGCUGAUCUUCAUGAUCACCAAGGCCCAGAAGGAGAUGAUUAUGACUGGAAUGGGUCUAGUGGUCUACAAUAUGGAACUGUUCAAGUCUAUAAUGCAAACUUCUUACUCCUUCUUCACUUUGAUUACUGCUUAAAGAAGAAAGAAGAAGAUGAACUCAGUUAACUGACUUGAAUCUUUGGAAAACUAAACUGAUACCUACUUAAAAUAAUUGUUUUCUUUCUG